AUGGGAGAGUCUAGCCAAAAUUUCAAUCAUUUGAAUUUUUUCUCAUCGGAUUCAACUGAUAGGUAUGAUCAAAUACAAAAUGCAGUGAAUUAUUGUACACAAAUUGUAAAUAAUAAUGUUAUGAGUGAUGAACGAGUUGGUGAGUUGCACAAUGAUGAACCUUCCGAGCAUGAAUUAACAGACAAUGAUGAUAUGUAUGCCGAUGAUGAUGAUAUGUAUGCCGAUGAUGAUGAUAAUAUGAAUAAUGCACCUAAUGCACCUAAUGCAUCCGUUAAAGAUCAAAGUAUUAAUUAUCAUUCUACAACAGUUCCAUACUUAGAUCACACUAAAGAAAAUACAGAAGAUUUUAUCUACACGAGAGAUGACGGUUCCAUUUGA